CCAACCAGGUGGGGCAAAGGGAGGGGCCCUCUGGUCUGGGCCUGCCCCGCCCCCAGACCUGCCUGCCCCCUUAUCAGGGGCUGGGCAGGGUCUCCCCUGACUCUGACCGGACUGUGCACUCCCGUACCUGGAACUGCUGGAUCCUCCGUGCCAUGGGGACCCUGGAGACCCUUCUCCUGCUCAGUGCCCUGCUCCUGUCGCCGGCUGAGGCCCAGCAGGCCUCAGAGCGUCAACUGAAGCCAUGGCUGGUGGGCCUGGCUUCUGUCGUGGGGUUCCUGUUCAUCAUCUUCAUCCUCAUGCUGGCCAACCGUAUCUGGUGCUCCAAAGAGAGAGCUGAGGAUGAAGAGGAGUCCGCAUUAAGACAAGAAGGGGAAGAAGAGAAGGAGAAAAAGGCCGAGAAGGAAGGAGAGAGAAAACUUGGGGUCUGGAGCUGGAGGAGAAAGAGGAGCGCAGGACCAGGAGGAAAGUCAAGAAACAUGGCGCAUGUGAAGCCUCCUCAGCCGCUGCCUCCAGGCAGCCCCCAGAGGUGCCCCUUUCACACCCUAGAAAGCAUGACCUGAACCUAAGCCCACUGCAGUGACUCCAUCUGGGUUUGGAGAGUACAGCGUCCUAAUGAAGAGGCUUGGGACCACCCACACCUCCCCCUCAGGAGGGAUCUUUGGUGCGUUAUGUGGUCUAUAUUUGUUAUGAUUUGUAACCACUUGCAUUUGGAGAGCAUUCCUGGUUACUGAGAAAACCCUAAUCCCUGCAAUUUCAUGGCCCCUCCUGCUUCU